AUGCACUUCUCCCUCUUUACCAGAGGGCUCCUGCUCUCCUUAGCAGCCCUCGUCCUCGCCGAAGACAACUGCGACGCUCGCCCCGACGAAGCCCCAUUUGCCCCUGGCCGAGUCGGAGGUGUGGCCUUCCCCGACCCCGCCGAUGACAAAGUAACUUGCGUAAGCCGCUGGAAGAGCGGCGAAGUCAUCGUCGGCAUGGAAGCAUGGUCGACGCGGACGCAAAUCACGGGCAUCAAAUUCAAGUUCGACCGCACGGGGUGGACUGGCGUCAUGGGGACGACGGUCCAGGGCCGGUCGUGGUAUGCGAAACGCGGGGAGUGGGCUGCCGACCAACCAGUUCGAGUUGAGGUUUGGAACAAGAAAUCCAAAGUCUUCAACGGGCCCGGCAGAAUCCGAAUCUUCAAAGAGGGCACGGAUGAAAUACUCUUCGAAGUCGGCAUCGGCGACUCCGAGAUCGAAGGCGACAAGCUCAAUGAUAUCGACCAAGGGAUAGGAAUAAUUCUCGGUGCAAAGACAAGGUCUGCUGAGCACCUCCACACGAUCGAAUUCAAGUUUUUAAAGUCCAAGGUCGUCAAGACGCAGCUCACGGCAAUCAAUGUCGUCGAGAACCUGGACGAUUGGAACAACGAACAAAGAGGGAUCGAGACGGUCAGUCUGGCGGAAACGUACUACAAGAACCACAAUCCCAUCGGCGGACCUAAUCAAACCUACACAUUCACGAAUACCAUCAAGAAGAGUGAGAGCAAGAUAAUUACCCAACAAUACACCAACUCCUGGACGGCUGGCAUCGAAGUCACCGUCGGAGGCAAGGUUGGCAUCCCCUUCGUGGCGGAGGGUGAGAUCAGCGCGAAUACGAAAUUCGAAUAUCAGCGCCAGAACAUGGGCUCCACGGCCAUGUCCUACACGUACGAUAAGGAUCUGACAAAUACCCAAGGGAGUGGCGUCACGGCCAAUAUGCUGCCGCCUCAGAGGGCCGCUCACUGCCAGUUCGAUGCCGUCUCGGGGACUUUCGAUAGCGCUUAUUCUGGGACUAUCGAAGCUACGUUGGCGGAUGGCACUAAGUAUAGUUACUUCACGGAUGGGGAUAUUCACUCGGUUGGGUGGGCGAAGACGAGCAGCUCCUGCGAGGAGAUGGAUAUCAAAGACGUGCCGGAGGACGUUGCGGAGGGACAGACAGCGGAUACGCGCAAGCGUGCUGUGGAAUUCCAUGUGUAGUGUGCGCCUUUCUCGUUUUUCUUGACGUUUUAUGGAUUGAGCACUCUUAUGAGGGAGAGCAACUACAGCUCCCCAGGUCCUCCGAUACGUCCCUCUCAGUUUCUUUGGU